AUGAUUUGUCUACUCUACCCGUCCACUCCAUUCAUGGCUAGUCCAGUCCGGAGUGUGUCAGAGUUGGUUGCCGAGGCUCGGUGUGUAUUUGAGCAGAGCUUCGGGGGAGAUGGUCCGGAGGUGGCUGUGUGUGCCCCGGCAGGGUCAACCUGAUACAACCAGGGAUAUGUCCUACCAAUGGUAAUGAAUGUCAUGCUUGUGAUGAUCAAAGGUUGUUUGCGAUUGACAAGAGUGUCUGUUGUAUAAACCAGUCCACAUCACAAGAAACACUGGUGGGUGCACAGACCCAUUAAAGCACUGCUGCUUUGACAGAUGUGAAACAUGCUUAUUAAUUAUAUCCUUGUGCCAGGCUCUGCCUCUAGUCACGGUCGUGGUUGGCAGUAUUACUUCUGGCCAGAGUGUCUCCAUCGUAACUGCUGCUAAAGAUGUGGAGGAGCCCAGGAGAGUGGACUUUGACCUUCCCAAUUACGUGAAAGGAGUAGUGCAGCACUACAGAUGUAUGAGCAACACCUUGUGUAUCACCUGAUCAUGAUGAGUCCUGUUGAAAUGUAAUAGUGACACACCAUAUAUCAUCAUCGAGAUCCCCUCUCUGUCUGUCUGUCUGUCUGUCUGUCUGUCUGUCUGUCUGUCUCUCUUUCUCCAUCCAUCCAUCCUUCCAUCCAUCCCGGCAGCUCCUCCAGUCCCAGGGUUAGGGCAGUGAGUGUCCCUCUAGGAGGAGGUCUGUCCAGCUCAACCUCUCUAGAGGUGGCCAUGUACACAUUCCUACAGCAGCUCAAACCAGGUGAGUGGAUUUGAGUAACAUCAAAUAGUGCCUAUGAGUGAAGCUAAACAUUUGCACAACAUGUCAUAAUUUCAUUCUACUGCCCUCCUCAGACAAGGUGGCCAAGGUGGUGGCAUGCCAGCAGGCAGAACACACCCACGCUGGUGUGCCCUGAGGCAUUAUGGACCAGUUUGUCUCUGUGCUGGGCAGCGAGGCUCACUCUCUACUCAUAGACUGCAGGUAACAGGCCUGCUGAUAGGGCAAAAAUAUUUUCGGUAUCUCAGAUUCUUCUGGCAAUUUUCACAUAGAAACUUCAUUGGGAGGAAAUGUGUUUGACAUGCUUUUUACGUUUGUAUCACAAGCCAUUUUUUGAGAAAAUCAUGAUGAAAGUGGCCCUUUUAGCCACUUUUUAGACCUAUUCAUGACUCCUGUAAGACCUUUUGAUCCAUGAACCAUACAUAAUACAGACAACACCUUGGUGUCAUUAUACUCCUUAUAGUGUGCUCUAACAUAUGAAGUAUGUCUAGAUUCUGAAAUACACAUAUUAAUGUCUCAAAAGUACCCUUUUUGAUUUAAGACAUUUUGUUUGGAACAAUAUACUCUACAAGUACAUAACAUUUCCAGAGUAGGCUCUCUGCUAAUUCUGAAGUUCUGAGCAAUUUUAUGACCACCACCAACACAGUGAAUGGGAAAUGGAUUCAAAGGGAAUUCCCUCUGCUGGUGAUUUGCUGAAUGUGCAAUCCUAAAGGAGGGCCGUGAUUGGUUAAUGAACUGUAACAUCAAUGUAUGUAUAAAAUGGGUCAUAUCAUUAAAAGUACCAGAGAGCCCACUUUGACAUUCCAAAACAUGUCUACAAAUAAGCAAAAUCAAAAAGGGUACAUUUCAGAUGUUUUUUAUGUUGAAUAAAUGAAUGUGAAAAUGUGUAUUUCAUCUAGACAUACUCCAUAUUUAAGAGCACACUAUAAGGAGUGUACUGACACCAAGACAUCUGUAUCAUGUAUGGCUCACGGAUCAUAGGGUCUUACAGAUUAGAAACCCUAAUUGGUCUACACGGACAAGUUCUUGCCUGGUUUAGAUCUUAUCUGUCGGAAAGAUAUCAGUUCAUCUCUGUGGAUGGUUUGUCCUCUGACAAUUCAAUUGUACGUUUUGGCGUUCCUCAAGGUUCCGUUUUAGGACCACUAUUGUUUUCACUAUAUAUUCUACCUCUUGGUGAUGUCAUUCGGAAACACAAUGUCAACUUUCACUGCUAUGUAGAUGACACACAGCUGUACAUUUCAAUGAAAGAUGGUGAAAAAAUGUGAUCAUAUUACUCCAGUGCUAGCCUUUUUACAUUGGCUUCCUUUUAAGGCUAGGGCUGAUUUCAAGGUUUUACUGCUACAAAGCAUUACAUGGGCUUGCUCCUACCUAUCUCUCUGAUUACGUCCCGCCAUAAAUAACUACACGUACGCUACGGUCACAAGACGCAGGCCUCCUUAUUGUCCCUAGAAUUUCUAAGCAAACAGCUGGAGCCGGGGCUUUCUCCUACAGAGCUUUCUCCUAGUGCUCUUCCAUUUCGUCCCUAGGAGGGGUGCGUCACUUGAGUGGGUUGAGUCACAGACGUGAUCUUCCUGUCUGGGUUUGCGCCCCCUCGGGCUUGUGCGGUGGAGGAGAUCUUUGUGGGCUAUACUCAGCCUUGUCUCAGGGUAGUAAGUUGGUGGUCUGUUGAUAUCCCUCUAGUGGUGUGGGGGCUGUGCUUUGGCAAAGUGGGUGGGGUUAUAUCCUGCCUGGUUGGCCCUGUCCGGGGGUAUCGUCGGACGGGGCCACAGUGUCCCCCGACCCACCCCUGUCUCAGCCUUCAGUAUCUAUGCUGCAAUAGUCAAUGUGCCGGGGGGCUAGGGUCAGUCUGUUAUAUCUGGUGUAAUUCUCCCGUCUUAAUAAUAAUAAUAAUAAUAAUAUGCCAUUUAGCAGACGCUUUUAUCCAAAGCGACUUAGAGUCAUGCGUGCAUACAUUUUUGUGGAUGGGUGGUCCCGGGGAUUGAACCCACUACCUUUGCGUUACAAGCGCCGUGCUCUACCAGCUGAGCUACAGAGGACCACAGAAUCUGGUGUCUUGUGUGAAUUUAAGUAUGCCUCUAAUUCUCUCUCUCUCCCUCCCUCCUUCCCCUCCCGGAGGACCUGAGCCCUAGGAUCAUGCCUCAGGACUACCUGGCCUGAUGACUCCUGGCUGUCCCCAGUCCACCUGGUCGUGUUGCUGCUCCAGUUUCAACUGUUCUGCCUGCGGCUAGGGAACCCUGACCUAUUCACCGGACGUGCUACCUUGUCCCGGACCUGCUGUUUUCCACUCUCUCUCUCUUUCUCUCUACCGCACCUGCUGUCUCGACCUCUGAAUGCUCGGCUAUGAAAAGCCAACUGACAUUUACUCCUGAGGUACUGACCUGUUGCACCCUUUACAACCACUGUGAUUAUUAUUUGACCCUGCUGGUCAUCUAUGAACGUUUGAACAUCUUGAAGAACAAUCUGGCCUUAAAUGGCCAUGUACUCUUAUAAUCUCCACCCAGCACAGCCAGAAGAGGACUAGCCACCCCUCGGAGCCAGGUUCCUCUUUAGGUUUCUUCCUAGGUUCCUGCCUUUCUAGGGAGUUUUUCCUAGCCACCGUGCUUAUAUAUCUGCAUUGGUUGCUGUUUGGGGUUUUAGGCUGGGUUUCUGUAUAGCACUUUGUGACAUCUGCUAAUGUAAAAAGGGCUUUAUAAAUACAUUUGAUUGAUGUAUAGGCCUAACAAGUGCCUAAAAUUAUGUGAGAAUUGCCAGAACAAUCUGAGAUAACAAAAAUAUUUUCUGCCUGGUAUGGAAUCGCCCUAUAGGCCAGUGGUUCCCAAACUGUGGGGGGCGCGGGAUGUUCCCCAAUGCUGGAAGGGGGGCCUGAGUGAAAAAGUUGGGAACCCCUGCUAUAGGCAUAUGCUAAAGGAUCAUGGCUAAUGCUAAAGUAAAGCUAACACUUAACUGAAAGUGUUGUUUAUUACUGUGUUAUGAAUGUAUUAUAUACUCUUGUUGUUUCCUCAGAUCUCUGGAGGCAACUCCUGUCCCUCUGUCUGACCCAGGCCUGGUCAUCCUCAUCAGUAACUCGAACGUCAAGCAUUCUCUGACGGGCAGCGAGUACCCUGGCAGACGACGACAGUGCGAGGAGGCAGCCGCCAUCUUGGGAAAGGCCGGCUUGAGAGAGGCCAGCUUGAGAGAUGCCACACUGAAGGACCUGGAGGGUGAGAAUGAGAGGAUAUUCUAUUCAGUUCAAUUCUAUUCUUAUACAUUCAAGCAUUGUGUUAUUAUGUUUUGCAAUUUAAAAAAAUUGUUCCAGAUGCUAAGCGCCGAUUGGACGAUGGCACCUAUCGAAUGGCUCGUUAUGUGAUUGAGGAGAUAGAGCGUACGGCCCAGGCAGCAGAGGCCCUGAAGAAAGGGGCCUACAAAGAGUUUGGCAAACUCAUGUUGGAAAGCCACAACUCACUCAGGUGAAUAGAGAACACCAUCAAAUAACUCCUCAACGCAGUAAAUGCAUUGAGGGCAGAAUCCUGUUUUAUCACACAUGAAAAAUAUGAUAGAAAUGUAAAGUAUCCAUCCAUAAUGUGUUCCCUAAUGUCAGGGACCUAUAUGAGGUGAGCUAUAAGGAGCUGGAUGAGCUGGUGUCUGCAGCCGUGGAUGUGGAGGGUGUGUUCCGCAGGAUGACAGGGGGAGGAUUUGGAGGCUGUACUGUUACACUACUGCAGGCUGGAGCCAUAGACAGGACCAUAAAGCACAUACAGGUGAGGAGGAAUACACACACACACACACACACACACACUGUGUGAAGGGAACUUCGGGACUAGCUUGCACAAACUGGUCACUGUGGGUAAAAGAGCUUUUAGAAUCUCUGCUGUCACUUUAAGACAAACUGCUUAGUCCCCCGUGUCUUGCCCGAACAGCUUCCAGAGAGUGUGUAUGUGUGUGUGUGUGUGUGUGUGUUUGUGCACGCGCCCCUGUCUGUGUGUGUGUGUGUGUGUGUGUGUGUGUGUGUGUGUGUGUGUGUGUGUGUGUGUGUGUGUGUGUGUGUGAGUGAGACAGUAGGGGUUACGGCAGGAGAAUAAAAGCUAACAGCGCCCCUUUAUUAACAUUCCAGUCCUUCUCCCCCGCCUCACUGUCCUUCUCUCCCGUCUCUCUCACUGCGAACUGCUCAGACACAAAUUGUCUUAUGCAACUAACCAGGCCUCAGCUCACCAACAGGAAUCCUAAACAGCAUAGGACCAUGAAGGAGAGAAACAAAACUACAGAUCGAUAAAUCCACCUGAACAGAGCACCGGCUUUUUACAGAUCCAGCUUCCAUACACACUGAGCCAAUCUUUACUGAUCUUUUUGUUAUUUCAUCCUUUUGGGGUCUUUUUGUGACUUGCUAGUAUCCCGGUUACAACUUCGCCCUGCCACCUCUGAAAGGAAAGUCUAUUCAGGCUACAAAAGACAAUUGAAACUUGAAUUCCCUAGAAAGAGAAGUGUUAUAACAAGAGCUCUACCAUUCCAAUCCGGAGUGUUCUAAUCUAGUGUUCUAGCCUGAGCAGAGGUUGUUUCAGUGCCUGAGGAUGCUGAACCUAAACUCCUCGGACAGCAACACUAACAGCAACUGUAGCUCCCUGUUGGACCCCGUGUCUCUCAACGUUGGCGGUGAGAUCUACACUACGACCCUGGACACUCUGACGCGCUACCGAGACUCCAUGCUGGGCGCCAUGUUCACCGGACAGAUCUCCACGCUUAGGGACGAACGCGGAAACGUUUUCAUCGACCGCGACGGGAAGGUUUUCCGCUAUAUCCUGAACUUCCUGCGUUCCAGCUCCCUGGACCUGCCGGAGGGGUUCUCUGAGAUGAGACUGCUGAGGAGGGAAGCAGAUUUCUUCCAGAUACGCCCCCUACUGGAUGAGAUACAGCGGCACAUUGAGACUGGAGCGCUCAGCCUGAGAGAUGCACCCAGAAGAGCCAUGCUGCUGGUGGAUGUGGACUGCCAGGUGUGUGUGUUUAUUUUGUGUGUGUUGUAGUGUAAGCAUGUGUGUGUGUGCAUGUGGGUUUGUUGUGGAAUGUGGAUGUUCUUUCAUACAAGUGUAUCAUUAGCACUGCAGCAUCAGCUUGUUUGUCUCAUUCCAGGUGCACAUGCUACACUUCAAUCUACGGCGUGCUCCAGAGAACUACGAACUCCGCACAUGCUCAGUGCGCAUCCUCACCGCCAAAAUCUUCUGUACCUGGCGUGCCUUCCUGGUUCUCCUCUGUGAGCGUUUCUCCUACCGCACCACCCAGGGUCCUACCUCCCCCCUCCCCAGUGACCAGCGCCACAACCGUCUCAAAUUAGAGUGGGUUCCCCAGCCAGACGAACUUCCCCAGGACCAGUAUGAGAAACAGCGGUACAGAGGACUCGUCGUCUCAGACUCUUGGGCCACACAGACCCACUUUGGUGACCUCUGUGAUGUCAUCAUCCCGCGCCGCAGCCCCUGUGAGGUCAAAGACAUGCACAGGUUUUUGGAGGAGCUGCUGACGGUGUCUCUGGCAGAGGGUUUUAGGGUUGACUCAGUGACCCCUGACUCCAUGGACGUUUUGAACUGCCGUACUCUGCAGCUUGUACGGUAGUGAUGUAGCUCAUUCCAGCUCACAACUGAACCACCAGUUAUGGACUUACUCAGACUAAAAUAACAAAGGACACCCUACAAUGUUUACAACCUACUGCACAUGACUGCUUAUGGAUGGUCAAUAACUAGCAGACUUUACUAACACUGUAAAGUUCAAAGGUCGCUCUAUGAUGUUUACAAUCCUCUCUUUGGUGUGAAGCUGAGACUGAUCCUGCCAUCUGAACCCUCUAACGAACUCUAACCUUGGUAGCCCUUGCAGUGGAGCAGACUGUUCCAGACAUGUUGUAGUCUAAACUGUAGGGUAGGCCUACAUCUGGUUUUACAGAAUAGACCCUGUCCCCAACAAUAAGGAAUGGUUGUCAGUUCAUCCUGUUGAUGAUCAGUGCAAUUCUUAAAGAGGCAGAGAGAGACGGAGACUGGGAGUGUGAUAGACUGAGUAUCUGUGAGAGAGUGUGCUGCACUGGUAGGAGGGGUGAUCCGAAUAUUCCAAAGAGCAGGUACAUUUGCUGGUAUUGUUUUGUAAAAUAGUGUUAGAGAUAACUGUGUAACAAACUGACCAGUCUGUAGAGUUGUUUACAGCACAUCAAGUACACUUUAAUAAACACUAUUAAAUGAAAGGUAUUACUCCCUGAACCCCUAUCAGUCAGACUGGUGCAAGUUCCUUUCUGGUAGGCGGAAGGGGAAUAAGAUGUGUAAUUUUUGAAUGGAGGAAGGAAGGAAGGAGGGAAAAGAUGAGUAUGGGAGAAUAUGGGAAUAUGGAGGACUGUAGU